AGGCUUCCUGAGGAUCGCCUUUUCUUUCUUUUCAUAUCGUUGUUGCGACUUCGUUUCCUAUUGUCACGAUGAGAGACUCUGGUAUACUCCGAUCUUUAGUUCUAGCUUCUAUCAUACAUCGAGGACUCUGUGCAACAUAUUCAAGGACAUCCAACCUCGUCGGUCAAGGCUUUAUGAAUGCGUUUUAUUGGCAAGCUAUCUCCGAUCCCACCAAUGGGCGUGUAAACUACGUCGACGAUGCAACUGCCCAGAGGAGUGGGUUAGUAUCCGUGUCAGGAAACACUGUAACCCUCCGCGCCGAUGACAAGGCGGUUCUCAGUGCGAACGGACCUGGAAGGGACUCUUUCAGGAUAGAAUCCAAUGCGCAGUAUACCACUCAUGUUGCUAUAUUUGAUAUUGGCCACAUGCCGGAGGGAUGUGGUACUUGGCCUGCCGUAUGGGAGGUUGGUGCUAACUGGCCUAACGAAGGUGAGCUGGACAUAAUCGAGGGUGUUAACAAUGAAAGCCCGAAUGAAUCAACAUUGCACACUAGUGCGGGCUGCACGAUGCCAAACGGCCGAGAUAUGAGUGGAACGUCUACAGGUAGUAACUGUGACGUUGACCAAACUAAUAACAUGAGUUGUGGAGUGAAGCUCAGCGCCAGUGAUAGCUUUGGUCCAUCUUUCAAUAACAAUGGGGGCGGAUGGUAUGCUAUGGAGCGAACAAGCUCUGCAAUCAAAAUCUGGUUCUGGGACAGGUACAGUGGAUCGGUACCAAGUGAUGUGAAAUAUGCUGGCAAUAGCAUCAAUACUGGUGCAUGGGGUACACCAGCUGCGUAUUUUCCCGAUACAGACUGUGACUUUGCUUCACAUCUUGGUUCUCACAACAUUGUCAUCAACCUCACAUUCUGCGGCGAUUGGGCUGGAAGCAGCGAUGUUUAUGCUUCGUCUGGAUGUCCUUCGUCCUGUGUUGACUACGUUAACAACAACCCGACUGCUUUUAGUAAUGCUUAUUUCGAGUUCAAUGCCUUGAACAUCUACGAAUAAGCGCACAUCAUCUCAACAUGCAAUUGUAUCAUAAGCUAUAUUCAUACAUUUAUUU